CGUCUACCGAAUAUGAAAUAGAUAUUAAUACAAAGAAAGCAAGUGCUAGUUUAAAUGCUCCAAAGGAAAAUUAUACUCCAAAUGAACCAAAUGGAGCGUCUACCGAAUAUGAAAUAGAUAUUGAUACAAAGAAAGCAACGUAA